UACUAUUACUAUUUCCCCUUGCUCUAUUUUCCUGAUCAUGGCUUCCCUUGCAAAGCACAUUACUUUUUUCUUCCUUCUAGUGCUAUCCUCCUCUGUCCAGAUUCGAGCUAGGGAAAGCAUGUUCUUUAGCAAGAUCUUCCACCUUGGGGGCAAAAUUUCUCCUCAAGAGGUACCUACACCAUCUCCAGCACCAGCGCCGGCUAACUCUGAGGGCCAAUUAGAUCCUUAUCAUGGCCUUUAUGGUCAGGGCUCUGGCAUGUUCCCUCCUGUAAAGAAGACUGUCAGCACUAGCAACACUCCUACCACUUUCGAAAAUGAUCUUUUGGCUGAAGAACUUGCUGAUGAAAAAUAUGAGACGGGCUAUGAGAACAACAAAUACAACAAUAAUGGCUACACCCUCAGCAACUACAACAGCAAUGGCGACACAAGCAGCAACUACAACAACAAUGGCUACACCCUCAGCAACUACAACAACAAUGGCAACCCAAGCAGCUAUAGAACCAAUGUCUACAGCAGCAACUACAACAACAAUGGUUAUGAGACAGAGAGACAAGGAAUGAGUGAUACCAGAUUUGUGGAGGGUGGUAAGUACUAUUAUGAUGUGAAGAAUGGGAACUAUUAUCCUAAUGGAUACGAGUCGUCAGGUAAGGAAACUACUAAAAAUGAAGGUUACUACGGAAAUACAGAGAACUCCAAUGAGGUCAACCCCAUGGAAGAGUACCAGGAGAGCCAAGAAGAGUAUGUGCCAUAGAUAUUGGCCAUGACUCAUGAAUGAAAAAAGGGAAAAGAGUUUUGGAUAGUGGAUAUAUGUUUAAGAUCUGGAAGACUAAGUUAUGGAGUCUUUUAUUCAUGUUUUUAUUUUCUAUUCUCACUUGUGUUUGCACAAUUUUUAUGCUUUGCAAAUCAGAAAGGAUUGAAAACAAUACAGUUUUAACACA